CUGAUAACAGCGCUGCACAGGUCAUCUUACUGAAUGCCUGUGUUUAUGAAUAACUGGACGACUACUCUCAGUUGCUAAAUCUUUGCUUUAUAAUAUUGUUUUCACUUGCAAGUGAGCAGAGCAAACAUUUGCGGUUUGUUUUGAAUAAUAUUUAAUCUUAUUUACGACAGUUUAACCUUGAAAAGCUACUAGCUUGCUAGCUUUAGCGGCUGUCAUUCUGGGAGUCAGGCUAACUAUUUAUUAGCUUCCUAUAAAGUCAAACGUUGUCGUUCCGCUAGCAUCAUGUCACAAGAUGAGCUUUUCCUGGACUCGGGACAGUCCACCGGGGAUGUGGAGGAGAGGAAAGGCAGAAGCCGGCUCGGUCUGGCGGUCACCGGGGUGGUGGGAGGGUCGCUGGUCGCCCUUUACGCCGUGGCUGCUCCGUUCGUGGCUCCUGCUCUGAGGAAGAUCUGCCUCCCGUUCGUACCUGCGACCACAGCUCAGGUGGAGAAUGUCCUCAGGGUGCUACAGGCAAGAUCAGGGACCCUGGUGGACAUCGGGAGCGGAGAUGGAAGGAUUGUGAUCGCAGCAGCUAAACAUGGGUUUCAAGCGUCCGGCUUUGAGCUAAACCCCUGGCUGGUGUGGUAUUCUCGCUACAAGGCCUGGAGAGAGGGAGUCCACUGCUCCACCUCGUUCCACAUCUCUGACUUGUGGAAGGUCAGUUUUGCUCAGUAUUCCAAUGUUGUCAUUUUUGGGGUCCCUCAAAUGAUGGACCAGCUGGAGCUGAAGUUGGCGAGCGAGCUGCCGAGCACAGCCAAGGUGGUGGCCUGCCGCUUUCCUUUCCCUACCUGGGUCCCUGAACGCACCGAUGGGGAGGGAAUAGACACUGUAUGGGUGUAUGACGCCAAAACGUUUAAAUCACACCUGCAACACGGGAUGACAGGAAGAACGACGCCAGAUCAGCAGGAGACGCUGGAUUCGCACACAUGACAUGUUUUGUUGUUGUAAUCACAUGCUGCAAUCUGGGGAUGAAGGUUUUUUUAAACCCCUGUAGGUGCUAAAAAGUGCAUUUUUGGAUGCCCAACCCGACUGAGCAUGAAGAAAGCAAGAAGGCCUCAGUGAGUGCCGACACUUAUGUUAAUGUCAGAUGAAUGAUCCAGAAGACAUUUCAUAUUACACACGUGUCAACAACAGACCAAGGAUCAAAGAGAAUGUAAGAUGUGACAAUGUGGGAAAGUUUAAGUCCUGACAGGAACAAAUAGUACUGGCCAUUAGUGGUUGCAGAUGCAGUUGAAGUUUUAUUCUUAUAAAAUCAUUUAAAUCAUGUUGUUUAUGGACAGAUAAGAGGCUGAUAAAUGUACUAUACUGUAUGCUACUUUUGUAUGGUGUUACACAAAAAAACCCCCAGCCCUGUACCACAUAUUUUGGCUUAUUUUGUAUGUGCAUAUAAAUAGAUGUGUGUAUUUA